AUGGUAGAAGAAGCUCCAGCACCGGCCAGCUCAGCCCCCGCCAAGGCUCCUAAAAAGAAGACCGCGGCCAAACCCAAGAAAGCGGGUCCCAGCGUCGGCGAGCUGAUCGUCAAAGCUGUUUCCGCUUCCAAGGAGAGGAGCGGCGUGUCCCUGGCCGCCCUGAAGAAAGCUCUGUCUGCAGGUGGAUACGACGUGGAGAAGAACAACUUCCGCCUCAAACUCGCCGUCAAAAGCCUGGUGACCAAGGACAUCCUGGUGCAGACCAAGGGCACCGGCGCCUCAGGAUCUUUCAAGCUCAACAAGAAGCAGAUCGAGGCGAAGAAGCCCGCGGCCAAAAAAGCCGCCGCUCCUAAAGUGAACAAGGCCGCAAAGAAACCCGCCGCUGCAAAGAAGCCCAAGAAGGAAACAGCCAAGAAGCCCGCCGCUAAGAAGUCCCCCAAGAAGGCCAAGAAACCCGCUGCUGCCGCUAAGAAAGUAACCAAGAGCCCCAAGAAGGCCAAGAAACCCGCUGCUGCCGCUAAGAAAGUAACCAAGAGCCCCAAGAAGGCCAAGAAACCCGCUGUGGUCGCUAAGAAAACCACCAAGCGCCCCAAGAAGGCUAAGAAGGCAGCCAAGAGUCCUAAAAAAGCCAAGGCAGCCAAACCGAAGACCGCUAAGUCCAAAGCGGCCAAGGCCAAAAAAGCUGCACCCAAGAAGAAGUGAACAUGUUCCUAUUUUAUUAUUUUUUUUAUUAUUAAAACGGCUCUUUUAAGAGCCUCU